AUGCUUCUUCUAAUUUUUACUUCUUUAUCUUCUCCCCCUUCCUCUCUCUCCCUCCCUUUUUUUUUUAUUCUUCUCCGCUUUCUUUUCCGUCUCUCUUCUUCUUCUUCUUCUUCUUCUUCUUGUCCUCCUUCUGCUUCUUCUAAUUCCACUUCUUUAUCUUCUUCCUCCCCUUCCUCUCACUCUCCCUCUUUUUAUUUUUAUUCUUCUCCGCUUUCUUCUCCGUCUCUCUUCUUCUUCUUCUUCUUCUUGUCCUCCUUCUGCUUUUUUCUAAUUCCACUUUUUUAUCUUCUUCCUCCUUCCUCUCCUCUCCCUCUUUUUAUUUUUAUUCUUCUCCCUUUCUUCUUCUUUUCUUUCUCUUCUUCUUCUUCUUCUUGUCCUCCUCCUUCUUCUUCUAAUUCCACUUUUUAUCUUCUUCUCCCUUCCUCUCACUCUCCCUUUUUUUAUUUUUUAUUCUUCUCCUCCUUUCUUUUCCGUCUCUCUUCUUCUUCUUCUUCUUCUUGUCCUCCUUAUGCUUCUUCUAAUUCCACUUUUUUAUCUUCUUCCUCCCCCUUCCUCUCACUUCUCUCCCUCUUUUUAUUUUUUAUUCUUCUCCCUUUCUUCUCCGUCUCUUCUUCUUCUUCUUCUUGUCCUCCUUCUGCUUCUUCUAAUUCCACUUCUUUAUCUUCUUCCUCCCCUUCCUCUCAUUCUUCUCCUUUCUUUUUUUCUUUUUAUUCUUCUCGCUUUUCUAAUUUUCUUCCGUCUCUCUCUUCUUCUUUUUGUCCUCCUUCUGCUUCUUCUAAUUCCACUUCUUUAUCUUCUAAUUCCCCCUUCCUCUCUCUCCCUCUUUUUAUUUUUAUUCUUCUCCGUCUCUCUUCUUCUUUUCUUCUUGUCUCUUCUUCUUCUAAUUCUUCUUCUUCUUGUCCUUCUUCUGCUUUUUCUAAUUCUUCUCCCUUUCUUCUCCGUCUCUCUUCUCUUCUUUCUUUAUCUUCUUCCUCCCUUCCUCUCUUCUCCCUCUCCCUCUUUUUAUUUUUAUUCUUCUCCCUUUCUUUCUCCUCUCUCUUCUUCUUCUUCUUCUUCUUGUCCUCCUUCUGCUUCUUCUAA